GCCCUCGGCGAGAGGCGGAAGCAGUGCUGUAACAGCUUGGUCGCUUCGCUCGUGGCGCUUCAGUUCAUGGCCGCCUACUCCUAUCGCCCGGGGGCCGGCCCCAGCCCUGCUGCGGGUGCGGCGCUGCCGGACCAGAGCUUCCUGUGGAAUGUCUUCCAGCGGGUUGAUAAAGAUAGGAGUGGGGUGAUAUCGGACAACGAGCUUCAGCAAGCACUCUCCAAUGGUACAUGGACCCCAUUUAACCCAGUGACUGUCAGGUCAAUCAUUUCUAUGUUUGACCGGGAGAACAAAGCUGGAGUGAACUUCAGUGAGUUUACUGGUGUCUGGAAGUAUAUCACAGACUGGCAGAAUGUCUUCCGCACCUACGACAGAGACAACUCCGGGAUGAUCGACAAGAACGAGCUAAAGCAAGCACUCUCAGGUUUUGGCUACAGGCUCUCUGACCAGUUCCAUGACAUCCUCAUCCGAAAGUUUGACAGACAAGGACGAGGACAGAUUGCAUUUGAUGACUUCAUCCAGGGCUGCAUCGUCUUGCAGAGGUUGACAGACAUAUUCAGGCGCUACGACACAGAUCAAGAUGGCUGGAUUCAGGUGUCUUAUGAGCAGUAUCUCUCCAUGGUCUUCAGCAUCGUGUAACCAUGCCUUGUGAAUAUCAGCACAGUAUGGGAAGAAAGACUGAAAAUGCCAAACCCCUUACCCAGGGCAAAUCAAGACACAGAUGUGGUUAGAUUAAUUACUCUUCCUUCGGCAGAUUUUAUAUAAUCAAUACUUGUGACCUGACUGUACAUAUAUGUUUAAGUUGAUUAGCACUAUUGCAGUUGUAACAGUAGCUUCAGCAAUGUGACACUAAUCUUGGGUUUGCUUGACUGUGCCAUGAGGUAAAAUGUAAUAAUGGUUCAGAUAUUUUACGUGUAAGCAAAAAAUGUAUUAUGUCCUUUUCUAGACAUCUUCAGUUCUGUAAUCAAAAUGCUUUGAUUAGAAUUUUAUGGAAUUAUAUGGAAUAUUGUGAGUAAUAAUGGAACUUGCACAGAAACUUUUCAUGUGCCUUACUUUUUUAAGAGAGUAUUUAUUAUAUUCAUUGAAAUGUGCAGCAUAUGCAAUAAAGUAAUGACACAGA